UGCCGUUUCCGCCCGGCCCGGGGAGAAGCCGCCGCCGCCGCCGGGGGAGGGGCCGCCGCCGCGGCCGAGCGCUCGCUGCCGCCGGCUGCCCGGGACACGCCGUGGCGCCGAGCCGGGCCUGGUGCCGCGUAGGGGCCCGGGGAACGGGCCGGCCAGGUUUCCCCAUGUCCGUGACGUGUUGGCCGAGGCUCUGCGGCUCCUCUCCGCCCUCGGAGCGGCCAGUCGCUGCCCUCUGGACUCCGUGAUCCCCGACGGGCGUCAUGAGCAUUGCAAUCCCUCUGGGAGUCACCACACCAGAUACGUCCUACUCCGACAUGGCUGCAGGAUCGGACCCAGAGUCUGUGGAAGCUAGUCCAGCUGUCAGUGAGAAGAAUGUGUACUCCAGCCACGGCUAUGGGGCCACCCAGAAACACAGCUAUCGCGGGCUGCCUUACGCAGAUCAUAAUUACGGAGCCCCUCCUCCUCCGACGCCGCCAGCCUCUCCUCCUGUCCAGACCAUUAUACCUCGUGCAGAACUGAAUGGCCUGCACUCGCCUGAUGAGGAGAACUCCGGGGACAGUGAGAGCUCCUCAGAAGGAGAAUCAAUUCCCACUUGGUGCCACUGCAGUGUCUCCCAAGAUGGUUUCCUCCUCAAGUGUGAAAAGUGCAGAGGAAUGAGCAGGGGGAAGGUGAUCAGACUCCGCCGCCGGAAGCAGGACAACGUGUCAGGCGGGGACAGCAGUGCAACCGAGAGCUGGGAUGAAGAACUCUCUCCCUCCACGGUGCUGUACACGGCCACUCAGCACACUCCCACAAGCAUCACGCUGACCGUCAACCGCGUCCGCAGGACCAAACCCAAGAAGAGGAAGAGGAGUACGGAAAAAGCUCGCACUGCUCCAAAGGCCAAAAAGAUCAAGGCCUUUCGAGAGGGCUCACGGAAGUCUCUGAGGAUGAAGAAUUCCCCUUCUGAAGCACAUGCCUUGGAUGAAAACACAGCUGAAGGGUGGGAGAAUCGAAUACGCCUCUGGACAGACCAGUACGAGGAAGCCUUCACGAACCAGUACAGUGCUGAUGUGCAGAACUUGCUGGAGCGUCACCUCAACUCUAAUAAAGAAUAUGUGGGCAAAACUGCUAUGCUGGACACAAUCAACAAAACAGAGCUGGCCUGCAAUAACACUGUCAUUGGGUCCCAGAUGCAGCUGCAGCUGGGAAGGGUGACUCGGGUUCAGAAGCACCGGAAGAUCCUGAGGGCAGCAAGAGACUUGGCACUAGAUACCCUUAUAAUUGAGUAUCGAGGGAAGGUUAUGUUACGACAGCAAUUCGAGGUCAAUGGGCAUUUCUUCAAAAAGCCAUAUCCCUUCGUGCUGUUCUACUCCAAGUUCAAUGGCGUUGAAAUGUGUGUUGAUGCCCGCACCUUUGGCAAUGAUGCCAGGUUCAUCAGGCGUUCCUGCACCCCAAAUGCAGAGGUUCGACAUGUGAUUGCCGAUGGGAUGAUCCACCUAUGUAUCUAUGCUGUUGCCACCAUUGCCAAGGACACAGAGGUUACCAUCGCCUUUGACUAUGAGUACAACAUCUGCAAUUAUAAAGUGGACUGUGCGUGUCACAAGGGGAACCGGAAUUGCCCUGUGCAGAAACGUAGCCCAAAUGCUGCAGAACACCUACCUCCACCUGUUUUAGGCACACUAAUUGGGGCAGAAACACGCCGGCGAAAAGCCCGUCGAAAGGAGCUAGAGAUGGAACAGCAGAGCAUUGCAUCGGAUGAGAACAGCAGUCAGCAAACGGAGGAAGUUCCUGAGGGACCUGCAGCAGUCAGUGACAAUGAGGUGCCAGAGAAGGAGGAGAAACAAGAAGGGGAGAAAGAGGAGCCUGUAGAUGAACAGGGAGCCUUGGUCCAUGGCCGACGGUCACGGGAAGACAGGAAGGUAGAAGCCAUCAUGCACAUGUUUGAGAACUUGGAAAAGAGAAAGAGGAGACGAGAGCAACCUUCAGACCGUAACAGCACUGACGCUGAAAUCAGCAUCAAUUCUGAAGUUCCCGAGCCAGAGGAAAUAAAAACAGAGACUCCUGAAACUGAAGAUGGAAGUUCAGCACCAAGUGCUCCUCCCGCAAACGUUCCUAACAGUAACAGCAGUACUGGAGUUAACACACGACGGUCUUCACAAGUAGCGGAAGCUGUCCCUGAGAAACCAGUGACUAAGCCAGCUCCAGCAAAACCCUCCAGGCCCCGACCAAAAAGUCGUUUCUCUCGAUACCGGACCAGUUCAGCACAAAGACUGAGAAGGCAGAAACAAGCCAGUUCCCAGCAAGCUGAACUCGCGCAGGCUGUCCCAGAGGAAGGAAGCACUGCCAGCUUGGUAACCACAACAGAUGUCAGCAAUGUGGAAGGGCCAGGAGAAGGCAGGCAGUUGACGGGAUCUGACCCAGCUGCUGUCCUGGCUGCGGGAUCUCAGUCUAAUCGAGCUGCAGUAAAGUACCCCAAAACUAAAAAGUAUCUUGUUACCGAAUGGCUGAACGACAAGGCAGAAAAGCAGGAGUGUCCUAUUGAGUGUCCUCUGCGCAUUACUACGGACCCAACAGUUUUGGCAACUACCCUAAAUAUGUUGCCAGGUCUCAUCCACUCCCCGCUGAUUUGUACCACACCUAAACACUACAUUCGCUUUGGUUCACCUUUCAACCCAGAGAGACGUCGAAGGCCCUUUCUGUUGGAUGGAAUUUACAGCUCCUGUAAAAAGCGCUGGAUCAAACAAGCCCUGGAAGAGGGGAUGACUCAGACCUCACCAGCUCCUCAAGAGAACAGAGCCCAGUGUCUAUACCAAAGUAACGAGAACAGCAGCUCCUCCAGCAUCUGCAAAGAUGACACAGACUUGCUGAGUCCCCUGAAGAAGUGGAAGUCUCGCUACUUGAUGGAGCAGAAUGUUAAGAAGCUGCUGCGGCCGCUGUCUCCCGUGACCCCUCCACCUCCCAUUCCCUCAGUUCCUGGCUCAGCGAGCCCACAGCUGGCUACACCCUGCUCCUCACUGCCCGGAGAGGAGGAGAGUCGCAACGGCUACGGCGUGAUGUUCUCACCAAUCCCCUCUCUGGCUGCCAGUCGCUGCAAUACUCCACUACAGUUCGAGAACGUAUCCUCCCCCGAGAGUUCCCCUGCGCAUAGGCCCGAGUCCAUGUCACCUGAGGUCUGCCUCCGAUCCGACCUGGAUUCGAAGGGAGGGUACUUGGAUUCCAGUGCAAACCAAGAACGGCCAUCGCUGCUCAGCUUUGGAUCCUCUGAUGUGGCUCCACAGCCCUCCAUAAACUCUACUUCAGAGAUGAACUUCCCAGGGAAAAGUGGGGAAGCACAGAUGCUGCUACGAAGCUCUGAUCAGGCUUUUCGGACAGAGUUUAAUUUAAUGUAUGCCUUCUCCCCAUUGAACGCUAUGCCACGUGUAGAUGGGUUGUUGCGGGGGUCUCCUCCUUUGGGAGAGAGGAAGCCCAUGAAUUCAGAAGCGGGAUGCUGCAGAUCUCCUGCCGAAGGGUAUUUCAGCAGACACGAGUCGGGGCUGCUCAAAGAGGCAGCGCACGGAUCCAUGUCCCCCUGCGGCGAGAGGGCUUGCGAGGGCGUCAGAGCUGCUCCCCAGAAUCCACCGCAAAGGAAGAAGGUAUCCCUACUGGAAUACCGCAAGCGGAAACAGGAGGCCAAGGAGGGCGGCGAUUCGGUGCGAGGGGCAGGGACCCCCACCCGGCAGGGCAGCAGCUCCUCUGGGACUGACACAGACGGCCCGUCGGGCUCCGCAGCGCGAACCCCGUCCUCCCCACAAAGUGGCUUCUCCCCUUCUCAUCCCUCCCUGCCUCACGUAGAGGACGUCAGCCCACCGGACUCCAGGGGCUGUGGUUCUUCAUCAUCACUCAGCAAAUCCCAGGAGAGCAUCAGCAGUAGGUGGAUGGUCCCGACGUCGGUGGAGAGGCUCCGAGAGGGCCGGGGGAUACUUGAGAAGGUGCUGAGGAGUGGUGCAAAGGUGUCCCAGAGACACGAAUCCUCACCUACCUGUGACAGUGCUGUUGAGAAGGAUGCAGACACAGCAGAAGGAGACACUCCAGAAGCCCACAAAGGACCAGCAGUUUACAGUCCUUCUCGGUACAGCUACCAGCUGCUGCAGUCUGACAGUCCCCAGGCAGAAUCACAGACCCUGCUCCAGCAGAGCUCCUCCCCGUACAGAGGGCACCUCGCGCCGUCUCCUGGAUACAGCUACCGAGCAGCAGCACAGAGGACAGGACACGGCCUCUCCCAUGGUUCCUCAGAAACAUCCCUCUCCUCCACCUCGUACUCCAGCCCUGCCCACUCGGUCUCCACAGACUGCUCUGCCCUGUUUGCAGGGACCUCGGGGUAUUUCAGCAGCCAGCAGCACUCUGGCAGCGUCAGCAGCAGCCUCCUGAGGAAGAGCUGCCCCGCGGCUGCCAGCCCGGCACAGCAGACAGCUGUGGACUCUCUCUCCUCCGAGUCGGGCUCCCAGCCCUGCACGGGUGUGUCGGGCUCCUCCUCCGCUCCCCAAAGUGCUCGCUCACUACAGUCAGACUUGCGGACUAUCAGUCUGCCCAACUCCGGGCAGUCUGUGCUCUACCAGGGCUCCCGGGGCGCAGUGAUUUCCAGUGCACAACACUAUCCACACCGCGGGGGAGGCAGUGUCCACCAGUACAGACUGCAGCAGCUUCAAGGUUCUGGAGUAAAGACUCAAACAGGACUUUCCUAGGGCUGCCUGGACUCCAGGAGGACAAAACUGCCCAUAGCUCCUUCCAGUCACCUCUGGAAGUGGCUCCUGGGCCGGUGUUGGGAGCUUGCACCUGAUGCUGGGGUGCCAGGGGUCAGAGGCUGAGGUCUGAAAUGCACGGGUGAGAUUUGUGAGCAGUAUUGGCCUCUGGCCUGGUAGGAGAACGCAGAUUUCUCUGAGGCAGAGACUGUAGCAAAGCAGUUCCCUGAUGCGUGGGUACAUCGCAAAAACAAAAACAAAAAAAAGGAAAAAAAAAAAGCAAAUGGUUCAAGUGCAAUGACUGUGGCACAGCCUCUGUCUCUGGUCCGUGCCCAUGGCCAUAGUCACUCAUGCAGCACGGACACCGUUCUGAAUUUGAAAGCAGUUUAAAGGAAACGUUGGGGGAAGUUAACUCCAAUCUCUUUAUAGGUCAGGUUCUCAGUGCGUUCUGGGGAGGGCUUUAAUCCGUUACGAUCAUUCCAGUCACAAGCAGAUGAGCGCACACGGCUGCCUUUGGGCCUGGGUCACCACUGCCACUGUCAGAGCUUUUUCCAGGACAACAGAGUCUCCGCAAAUGUGAACUAGCACAGGAGGGAGGGGGUUGGAGAAUGCCUGUCGCUGCAGAGGGUCUGGGGUGCGCUGUCAUGUGCUGCUUCCUUGCAGGGCUAUCAUGAACGAGUGUUCUAAGGUCGCUUAAGGAGUCUGUGAACAGGAGCAUGGCCGAGGCUGUGCUGUCACACGCCACCGAGCCAGGGGUCUCUGGCUGCUGGUGUGGAGACACGUGGGGGGUGACCGAGGGCCUGAUCAGGCAAGUGAUGCUGCAGUGCACAGGGGGCUGCAGGCAGAGGAGUGGGGGCUGCCGAGGGGCAGUGCUGGGGUGUUGGGUGCAGACCCCGGUCUGUGCUGAGCCAGAGGCUCUUGGGGCAGUGCUAUGUGGGGUCCUUCCCAGCCGCCAUCACCCGCCAAGCGUGGCAGGAGAGCCAGCCCAGACACAGUGCGCUGUCUGUUCAAUUCCAUACGAUUGCCAGCUUCUUUCUCACUUGUUUACUGUAAUAUCGGGCGUGUUUUUAUUUAUCUAAUUUUAUAUUCAGUUAUAACCAUAGUAGGUUAGCUAAUAUAUGACAGGUGUCAUCCCUGGUGCUGCAGUGGAACUUCUCCUUUCUCUUGGAUAACAUAAUGCUGUGAGUCUGUCUCCCCUGUCCUUUCAGAUGCACAGUCUUCUUCCUCUUUUUUUAGGACUGUUACAGGUUUCUCUAAUUCACAAUUGAAAUCAGGUGUUUGUUCAGCCUAGGGGAGACUUUUAAAAUAUUGAAACAAAGAGUAACUUUCUCACACUGUCUGGCUGUGAGCGUGUUGGGAUGGAACUUGUCACCCCGCAGUUGGGUGUCUGUAUACUGUAUAAAAUAGGUGUAAACUUCACUUGGCUUAGCCCUGGGGGUGCAGCCUCCCCUUUCGUGCUCUGAGCAGCACGGGGCAGGCAGGCUCUGCCCUGCCAGGCGGCGAGAGGGGGCCGGGGGGGCCCUGCCCAGAGGCUCCAGCACCUUUGGGCACAGCAGGGGGGCAGGAGGGAGGGACCCUGGAAAGCUCUAGGAAAGGUGGGGGCUGUAGCUUCUUACUCUAGUGGAGUUUUUACACCAUGCUGUAACAUUUGAACUUUCACAAGAGAUGUAAUAAUUUUGAUAAUAAAAAUACUUAACUUGAAAA